UUGCUCGCCGCAUCAUCGCUAACGUCCUCAAGCACAUGUCCAGUCAGCGCCUCCACAGCCGCUGCAGGGCUGGCAACCAAAACACGCACAUUUAAAGAAAUUCCAGGGCCAAAUGUCUUUGCGAGGCUUUUUGGGAAAAAAAACAGAUCGCUUUUUAGGAGUAAGCGUUCAAUAGCCAACUAUUUUGACUGGCUAGUCUACUUGCAUGCUCGAUAUGGAUCAAUCGUCAAAGUCGAGCAGGGUUUUGGUCGAGGAGCAGUGGUGCACGUCUUCGAUCCAGAGGAUGCUCGACAAGUGUUCGCGUCGGAUGGUCGCCAACCGUUCAUCAUACCUCUGCAAGAGACGACGCAACGUUAUCGCCAGAUAAAAGGAAUGAAUCCAGGACUCGGGAACCUAAACGGUGAUGAGUGGUACAGGCUGCGCUCGUCAGUUCAACAGGCGAUGAUGCGACCACAGGCGGUACAAAAAUACUUACCAUAUACCAAUGAAGUGGCCAACGCGUUGGUAAAUCAUAUUCGAAAGGAGAGUGUGAAAAGCAUAAGUGGUGAGGUGGAUGUGCGAAAAAUUGCUGGCAGAUGGGCACUGGAGUCGUCCGCUCUGACGGUCUUCGAAAAGCGACUUGGUGCGCUAGAUGAUCGAGUUCAGUGGGCUGAUGAGCUGGUCAACUUAAAUAAAGAGAUCUUUCGUCUGUCUGCAGUGUAA